CAGUUUGGAGGGAAGUAGAGGAAAGUUUGGAGAAGUGCUGUGGUAGGCUAAAAAGACAAAGACCCAAGUCUUGAUUCAAGUCUCGUGUGAAAUGGGGACCUCUAUAGGGUUCUAAACAUGUCUUUCACACUACUUGCCACCCUCCAUUCAAGUGGGAAUUGGUUGAUGAUGACUCUAAUGCUGGCCCAAGAAGCUCUGAAAGUGAAGCUGGCUCACAAAGUGCAUGCAAUCAGCUUGUGACUCUUACAGCAUUAGCAGGGUUGACUCCUUGGUUUGUGCCUUCACUUGGUGUUUCAGUCCAUUUUGCUCAUUUGGAACUCCAUCUCUGCCAUCAUCUUGAUCAGCUGGGCACAGCACCACCAAGGUUCCUUCAACCAUUUAUCUCUGAUAAAAAUGUUCCAUCUGAACUGGAAUACAUGAUCGUUACCUUCAAAGAGCCCCACACAUCUUCGGCAGUGGAGUGAUGAAUCAGUCUUCAAGGAGAUCCAGUUUUCUACGUGGGCUGACUAUAUAAACUUUUGGAGUGCUGAAAUGUUACUAUGCAGAACCCAAGGAGGUCCUAACAGACCAGGGGACUAAUAAGACAUCUCAGUUAAUGAAAGAUCUGUAUGCCCUUUUACAGAUCAAGUUUGAAGACGUCCAUCUACCACCCCCAAACAGAUGGACUGGUGGAAUGCUUCAACAAAACCCUGAAGGAAUUACUGCUGAAAUUCAUAGCCAAAGACCCAUGACAUUGAGACCAGUUGCUUCUUCCCCUCCUAUUUACCAUCCAUGAGGUACUGCAAGCCUCAACAGAGUUCUCCCUGUUUGAACACUUGAAUGGAUAUCAAUUCCUGGGGGUGCUGGACCUCCUCCAAGAGAAUUGGGAGGAGUAAUCUUGCAUUGUCUAGUACAUUAUUUUCCUGUGGGAAGACUUGUAGAGACAAGGGGCACUCACCCGGGAAAACUUGCUGAGAGCCGAACAAGAACGCACCUACAACAAAAGUUUGAGUUCACAGCUGGGGAUAGGGUCCUGCUACACCUCCCUGUGUCAGUCGAAGCUGAUGGCACAGUGGUGGUGAAGGUGGAGGCCAUUAACUACAGUAUACGCCAGCCUGGGAGACAUAAGGAAACACAUCUAUCACAUCAAACUGCUCAAAGCCUGGAGGGAGCAAGAGGCCCUCUUAAUAUUGCCAGAUCCACCAGAGCUAGGUCUCCAGAGGAUUACUGACACUGACCCUGGACUUGUACCAUUGGGAGAAGAACUGCUGCCAGAGCAAGAACACCAGCUACAACAGUUGAUAGUAGCCUUCCGUGCAGUCGUCUCAUCACCACUGGGAUAUACCCGCCUGGCACAACACCACAUAGAUACUGAGCCAGGGAAGAAAAUUUGUGAAAAUCCUCAAUGCGUGCUGUAAAAGCUGUGGGAAAUGAUCUGGCAGGAGUUACAGAUAAUGGAGAUAGGGAGGAAUUCCAGAGUGAAUGGUGGAGCCCCAUCAUAUUGGUGCCAAAACCCAACAGAUUGACCCACUUUUGCAUUGACUUUUGGAAGGUAAACGCUAUUUCCAAAUUCGAUGCCUAUGUGAUUCCCUGGGUCGACAAGCUGCUUGAAAGACUAGGGACGACCAAGUAUAUUUCAACCCUGGACCUCAGUAAGUGUCACUGGCAGAUCCCCUCAUCAACAAAAUGCAGGCACAAUGUACCACUCCCAUGACAAAAUGCCAGAUACACUGCUUCCUUGGCGUCAUGGAGUACGACCAGUACUUCAUAUCCAACUUCACUACCAUUGUCGUGCCCUUGACAGACCUGGUAAAGAACACUAGCCCAAGGAAGAUCCUGUAGUCGGUGGCCUGUGAGAGGACCUUCCAGGAGCUAAGAGUGGAUGAGCCAAGAACCCGUGCUUGCCCAUCCAACUUCAACAAGAAGUUUACAAUCCAAACAGCCGCCUCCAAGGUGAGCCUCGGUGAGAUGCUAUCCCUAGACAUCAAUGGAGAAGAAGUCGUUUCUGCAAGAAACUGCCUACUUGCUCCCUGAGAAGUGGGCCCUAGCAGUGAAAUGGGCAGUGGAUGCUUUAAAGUACUACUUGUGCAGGAAUGUCUUUCAGCUAAUGACUGACCAGGUGCUGCUACAGAGACUGAACACCAUGAAAGAACACCAACCCCAGGAUUGUGGUGGUACCUCUCCCUGCAGUUGUAUAGCUCUGAAAUCCUUCACUUGCUAGGGAAGGAUCACAAAAAUGCAGAUUUUUUUUUUUCCUUGAGAGAUAGGGUUGCAAGAAACACAGAACCGCUUUCUGGCCCUGAUUCUGAAGAGGGAGACUGUGGUGGAGUGUAUAAAUCCCUCACUGGACAGAAGAGGAUUAAGGAGCAACUGGGUUCAGGAGGCCCUGCCCUCUGUCUAUGCCAAGCAUUCUUGGGAUGGAGGCAGUGUUUAAAAGGCAGCCAGACAGUUCAGUUGGCGCUGGCAGGCCAAGGAGAAGGAUGUGCUCUGGGUCCAGGGGAGACGUGGCUGGAUCCUGCAACAAGCCAGGGAAUGGGGGGAGCCACAGCCCUCAGACUGGGACCAUGGCAGGAAGCCUAGAAGGCAGCACUCCCCAGGGAUGGCCGCUGGCUGGGAUGCAAAGGAAGGGAGUUGACUUGAUGCUGACGCAACUCAGGGAAGUUGACUUGAUACUGAUGCAAGGCACUACAGAGUGAGCAAAGCCAAACCAGCCUCCCAGAGCCCUGAGUCAGAACCUGGUGGAGUGGCAGGACUGAAGUUCUCCUAGCCCACCCAAGAACUGUGCCCACUAGCUGGGGUUGCUGCCAGAGACUAACCAUUGAGUGUAGCUGUCACCGUGGGCCCUAACCGCUAGACGGGAAAUGCUGCCUCCCACCCAGGAAGGGAAGCUAGACACUUGGAAGCAUGGCUGGGAAACCCAAACUGUACUACUUCAAUGGAAGAGGCCGAAUGGAAACGAUACGGUGGCUGUUGGCAGCAGCUGGAGUUGAGUUUGAAGAACAAUUCUGUGAAACAAGGGAAGAUCUUUUAAAGUUGGGGCAGGAUGGAUAUCUGCUGUUUCAACAAGUGCCCAUGGUGGAAAUUGAUGGAAUGAAGAUGGUGCAGACCAGAGCCAUUCUCAACUACAUAGCAGGGAAACACAAUCUCUAUGGGAAGGACCUGAAGGAGAGAGCACUGAUUGAUAUGUAUGUGGAAGCAACAAUGGAUCUGAAUGAAAUUAUUAUGCAUCAUCCUAUCCAGCCACCGGAGGCAAAGGCAAAGCAUCUUGCCUCAAUCAUUGAGAAGGCCACAACCAGGUACUUCCCUGUAUAUGAAAAGGCUUUGAAAGACCAUGGACAGGAUUUUCUUGUUGGCAACCAAUUCAGCAGGGCAGAUGUACAGCUGCUUGAAACCAUUCUAAUGACAGAAGAGAGUAAGCCUGAUAUACUCUCCAAAUUCCCUGUUUUACAGGCUUUUAAAGCAAGGAUAAGCAACAUCCCCACAAUUAAAAAAUUCCUGCAGCCUGGCAGCCAGAAGAAACCACCACUAGAUGCAAAAUUACUUCCAAAAGUGAUGAGCAUUUUCAACAUUGACAAUAAAUGAUGGCUUAAAAUCAUGGCAGCUGUUUUACUGUAGCUGUGUAUUAGCUGAUAAAACUGCCAAGUGAAGUUAAUUCAAAGUGUGAAAAUUAGUGACAAUCAGUUAACACAAGCUAGAAAUUGUGUGCAAAAAUUUCCACAGUAAAUCCAAAUAAGUGCAUUAGCACACGAAAUGGUUAACUGAAUUAUAGGCUGCACAGAGCAAAAGAGGUGACAUUAAACCACUAGCUUUAAAAGAAUAAAAUGAAAUAAAACAUCUCAUUAC